CCCGGACGUGCUGCUAGGUAAUGCCGCUUCUGGUUGUAAAGCCAUUUCCAGUAUGUACUUGGUUUUGUUAUUUGCAUAUUAUUAUGCUUGGGUUAAACUUGAAAAUAGUGGGAUGUAUGAUUUUAUU